UGCAGAGAAUACAGAGCAGGGGGGAGGGGAGGAGCUGUGUACUCAGCUGGAUGAGAUGAGGGGGGGUGGCUUAUUUUCUCAUGCAGACAGAGAGGAAGAAAAAAAAAAAGCUGUGACAUCUUGUCCACAACAGACUCAGAACUGUGGACAACAGUAAAAGAAAACCCUCUGAACUACAGAGCUUCCUGCCCAACAAACAGUGGGAUUUGAACCCUUGCUGUUGGCUGUCCGUGCAUGGUGGGAGUUGAAGUUUUGCCACAUCUGGAAGGCCAAAGUUUGAGAUCACUGCUUUAGAUCAUCACUUCUCGUAUCAUUUCAGUUAUAUGUGGAGGUGACAUAGACUCGGGGAUAAUAGACGUUUCUCCUACUUAACCUCUUAAUAUUAGAAGAGAAAGAACAUUUUGGAGAUUUAGUGGAGGUGACGUGUGAUCCAACAUGUGGCUUCUCUUGGUUCCCGUGUUUCUAGCAAUCUUCGGCUCAUCGCUGACAUCCGCAUCAGAACCCCAUUAUGUGAUCACAGUUCCUGCACACUUAGAGGAGGGAACAGAAGGGAAAGCUUGCGUGGCCUUUCUUGAUCUGAAGGGGGAGACUGACAUUAAAAUAAAGCUGAAGCAUGAGGAACAAGUUCACAUUAUAGCUGAACAUAAAGUUACCAAACAUGAUCAUUCUGAGUGCUAUGCCUUCCAGGUCCCAAAAAUAAAAGAUGAUCAUUUAAUCUGGAACUUACAUUUAUCUGCACGUGGAGAAAACAUCAAUGUGGAUGAAAGCAAGAAAGUGGCUAUAAUCAAAAGAGAGGAUGAGUGUGUCAUUCAUACUGAUAAGUCCACUUACAAGCCGGGUGAUACAGUGAAAUUUCAGGUGAUAUCUGUAAAUUCAGAUUUUCAACCCAUAAGUAAAGAGCAUCCUUUGCUUGAAAUAAUAGACCCAAAUACAAACCGCAUAGCACAAUGGCUGAAUGUGUCUACAAAACAAGGAUUUGCAGAUUUCAGCUUCCAUCUGGACAAGCAAUUAGCUCAUGGAAAUUACAAAAUUAUCAUACCUCCUGGCUGUGUAAAAUACUUUAAAGUUGAUAAAUAUGUGCCAAAGAGGUUUGAGCUCAAUCUCAAUAUCCCAUCGGAAGUAUCCAUGACAGAUAAAUCCUUUCAACUUAAAGCUUGUGGCAGUUACACUUAUGGAAAGCCAGUAGAAGGCGUCAUUGAUCUUUCAGUGUGUGCUGAAGUAUGCAAGUAUAGAUGGUACUGCAAAUCUCAUUCCUCCAGUGUAAAAAAAACAGCUAAGAAAAAUUGCAUAGACAUUAAGCAAGAGAAGACUGACGAUAAAGGAUGUGUCUCCAGAGAUAUUCAGCUUGGACAUUUUAAUUUGUCAACCACAGAACAACAUUUUUUUAGGAUUAACUCUAAACUGACAGAAGACGGCACAGGUCAUAGUGAGGAAACAUCAGCUCAUUUAUACUCCACCUCUGCAAAGAAAAUUGUUCAAUUUGAGGAGAGUAAAAGAUUUUACGAUAAAGGAUUCCCAUAUCAUGGCAAGGUUAAAGUCAGUAAUGAGAAGAACCAACCCUUGGUUAAUGAAGUUGUAAGAUUAUAUAUAAUAAAAAAUGACGACUAUUCUAAUGCCACACAUAUAAAUCUGGUGACUGAUUCAGAGGGAAUUGCACAUUUUACACUCAAAACAUCUGGAUGGCCAGAUGUUCUAAUGUUAAAGGUGCGCCUCUUACUUGAUGAUCAUGAAGAUGAUGAUGAUAAUAUAUGGGAUCACGUAGACAGUUCUUCUCAAGAUUCGCUCUGGCUUUUACUCUUUUAUUCUAAAAGUGAAAGCUUACUGUCUAUUCAAGAGCAUCCAAGCGAUGUAUCAUGUCAUUCUGAGCAGUCAGUGAUGGUCGAAUAUGACAUCCAUAAGAAGAUCCUUCAUUCUGACACUGAUCAGCUCCACUUUUUCUACAUUCUUUUAUCCAAAAGUGGAAUCUUCUCUUACAAGGAACAUACAGUAGAUGUUAAGGAUCAGGCAAAAAGCCCAAAUCUGCAGGGUUCAUUCCCUCUAAAUUUCCAUGUGGAGGAAGGUUUCUUUCCUAGAUUCGGUCUUCUUGUUUUCUCUGUUCUGCCCAAUGGAGAGACAAUUGCAAGAGCCAAAAAUUACAUUGUUUCCCCAUGUGGAAAAAGCAAGGUGAAACUUAGCUUCUCUAAAGAACAAGUCCGACCUGGGGAAAAUGUGAACCUUGAAGUUACAGCAGAAGCCGGGUCCUUGUGCUCCGUGCGCUCUGUAGAUAAAGGAUACCUGCUCAAAAACCCUCAUUCUGAUAAUAAUCUGAUAUCAGAUGUGAUAGAAAAAUUGAGGAACUCUGUUUAUAAAGAUGAACACACUGACCUGAUAAUGGACUCUGAUGACGACCGGUGCCCUAAGAAUACCUCACCUAUAACCGAGAACAACUAUGAUGUUUAUAAGUUAUUUCUGACACACAGUCUACAGAUUCUUACUAACACUGAGAUAAAGGAACCAGUUAAAUGUGUCCCACGUGCCUUGACCACUCGCUCUGCUGUCGAAAAGAAAAAAACUAAACAUAUAGACACAGAUAAGAAGGCCGAGAAGCAAUUUACACAAAGUUACUUUUCAGACACCUGGCUGUAUGAGUUAGUUCCUGUGGGCUCAGAAGGACACACUGUACUAAAUCGAACAACUCCAAACACUAUCACCAAGUGGGUGACUGAUGCCUUCUGCUUGGGCUCGUCUGGUUUUGCCAGUGUCAAGGAUGUUGAGCUCACCACAUUCCAACCUUACUUCAUUGACUUGAUUGCACCCUACUCUGUGGUACAAGGAAAGACAUUUACCAUACAAGCUGUGGUCUUCAGCUAUGUUAAGAAAUGUAUUCUGAUUGUGGUGUCGUUGUCCGAUUCAGAGAAUCUUGUUAUAGCCAGCAAAAAGGAGCAGGCCAGAUGUGUCUGUGAGGGGCUUUCACACACAUUCUCCUGGGAUGUUUCAGCCUUAAAACCAAAAACACUAAAGAUUCACAUUGACAGUGAAUCCAUAGAAGUGGAAGGAAAGUGUACCCAAGAUGUUCUUCUGGUAGGAAAAGAUCGCAUAAAAGACUCUGUGGAGAAAACCAUUGUAGUCAAGGUAUAGCAGAGCCUAUGGUUAUAAACAUUACUCACGACCAUCAAUAAAAACAUCACUUUGG